CUUUUUUCUUUUUUUCCUUUUUCCUUUUUCCUUUUUCCUUUUUCCUUUUUUCCCUUUCCCCUUCUUUCCUUUGCGACCUCGCCCAUUUCCAUUGCCACCUACAACUUUUUCAUAUAUUCACAGGCCCUCUCUCCCCCAACAUUUCCAUUUAGUUCUACCACAUCAAAGAUACUCGAGCAAGUUUAAACCUUCAAGCCCGUAGACUCCGAACCAAAGCGCGUUUUUUUUUCUACAAGACAUUUUCCUCUCUUUUCCAGAAGCAUAAUAACAAGCAAUGUCCGAUAUACUAUCCCAGAUCCUAGUCGCUAUUGCUGACCUCAAGACAAGCCAGCAACUUCUUGCUGAUAAGGUUGACAAGAUGCAAGUUGAUGCCGCUCUGUCCAAGAAUGACCAGCUGUUGCAGAAGGUCGCCCAUUAUCACAACUGUCCUGGUCAAUCUGACUCUGAUGGAGACACCGUUGCUUCACCUACGCUUGAAGCUGCGCCAGCUCCGUAUGCCGACAUUUAUACUGAGAAACCUGUUCUAACCACUCAUACUGGACAAAAGGGUAUUCACCCUACUAGAAUGAACUGGGGCGAGUCUGAUCCCAAGACCCGCGGCCCCAUUGUCGUCUCCCAUCUAGCUAACCAGAUUAACCUUCGUAAUGCUAUCGGUGCGUAUGGAGGUCCAUACUCUGUUUAUCGCUCUCUUGCAGUUGCCAUGGGUGACCUGCCUGCAGAUCACAAACCCAAUUUCGAGCAUACGGAGCCACCAAUCAAGAUCAAGCAGCUUCCUCAAUGGGCAGACACCACCAAGAUUGUUUCCAUGGACCCCUUUGGCCAUCUGACGAGCCAUUACUACAAAGAAGAGAUAGAGCAGGGACUAGACAUCCGCCCUACUAUCUCCAUCACCCGUGCUCACAUGAUCGUUCCCGAGAUCCAGGCCGAGCUCGCACGUGGAGGAUUGAAGGUAGACGGCAAAGUAAUUGUGAAUGAGACCGGAGAGCUCAACGUUCAUAAAGCUGCUGUAGACCCUGUUUGGUACUUGCCCGGAGUCGCUGAGCGCCUCAAGGUCGAUGAGGAUCAUUUGCGUCGAUCUCUUUUUGAGAAUACUGGUGGAAUGUACCCAGAACUUAUCUCAAGACCAGACCUCAAAGUUUUCUUACCACCUAUCGGUGGUCUUACUGUCUAUAUAUUUGGCAAUCAUGAACUGCUUUCAGACCCAAAUACUCGUCUGACAGUUCGUGUCCAUGACGAGUGCAACGGUUCUGAUGUUUUUGGAUCUGACAUCUGUACUUGUCGUCCAUACCUUAUCUAUGGUAUGACUGAGUGUAUCAGGGAGGCCCAGAACGGCGGCGUUGGCCUGAUCGUCUACUUCCGUAAGGAAGGACGCGCGCUGGGUGAGGUAACAAAGUACCUUGUGUAUAAUGCUCGUAAACGAGGUGGCGACUCUGCCUCCAAGUACUUCCAACGCACGCAGAAUGUUGCCGGAGUUAAGGAUAUGCGAUUCCAGGCGCUUAUGCCAGACGUUUUCCAUUGGCUUGGUGUCACUAAGAUUGAUCGCUUCAUGUCUAUGUCUAACAUGAAGCAUGAUGCUCUAGUUGAUGCUGGCAUUAAGAUUUUGGAGCGUGUCCCAAUCCCCGACGAGAUGAUCCCUCCAGAUUCCAAGGUGGAGAUGGAUGCCAAGAUUGCUGCGGGUUACUUCACUACAGGCGCGAUCCCACGUGAAGAGGACUUGUGCCGCACAGUCGGACGUGGUUGGGACAGCUUUCAGGCUUAAAAGUGAUGAACAAAUCUUAUUGUUGAUUGACUACCAAGAUGAGAAAGCCUAUAAAAGAUGGAAGGGGAGGAUGAUUACGAUGUCGACAGAGGCGAUAGCUGCAGAAUAGAGCCGCGAAAGAAUCGAAUGGGUAGAAAACCAUGAGGGGUUCUUUUUUUUUCUUGUUGUUUUAUCUUUUAUUCGCUUUUUUUCUUUUUUCUUUUUUUUUUUUCCCUUGGUAGUAG